CCUUUAAUUGCAAACGACGUACGUUAGGUGAUCUUCAGAUUGCGUAUUGCAAAACCUCUCAUCACGUACUUGAAGAUAUUGAUAAUUUGUAAUAAUAAUGUUGAUACGAGUAUACUGCUAAUCGCGGUGAUAAUUUUUGUAAAAUGUGGAGUAUAAAAGAAAUAGACGUAUUUGUUGUUAAGAUAGUGAACCUGCCUUACCUAAAGAACAUUCUACUGAACAUGAACACUAUAAGCUUUGCACUUGUUACGUUAUUAGUCUAUCUCCAUAAGACCGAGUCCCUUUGCGUUAACGUGCUAAAUAUGGAAGAGCAAAAAUGUGCGGGAACUUUAGCAGCAGAUACUAUUUUAAGCUAUUAUCUUAGUAAUUCACAACUUCCAAUUUUCGGGGAAUACCUUAAAUGCACUUGGGAGGCGUUCAAUUUAACGUCAGCAGAAGGAGACAUUUUAUACGAUAACCUGAAGAACAUCAAAUCAUGGAAAUGGACAAUCUUACGUGACUGUGACGACUUUAUAGAUCUUCAACUUAGAGGAGAUAACAUCUUUAAGAACAGUGUGAACAUUUGUCAAAACACUGCGCGUGGUGGCAUAAUGACUCCUCUCAGUGUAACGAGGUGCAUUCGUGAUGUGAUUAAAAGCCAUUAAAGAGACUACCAAAAAAAAUUUCAAAACAUUAGUUUAUUACCACUCGUUCUUUAAAACAUUCGUAGAAAAUAAAAAAAUACUAGCUUCA